AGCAAGUUGAUGCUGAUAUGCAACUCUACAAAAGCGAGUUGGCUGGCCUUAGCUAGCUUGGAGAAAUCCAAGCAUCACACCAUCUCUCAUCUCCAUGUAAACCGAGCAAGAAAAUAAAGGGCAAAAAAAGGAGGCAUCUUGGUGGUGCAAUUCUUCUCGAACAACCCAAAACCUUGAAAGAUUCAAUCUUUCUUCAGUGAUUCAGAGUUGUGGCUUCAGAAUAUUAGCAGAGAGAGAUGGGCGGCGAGGUGAAGCCGGCGAAGGGCCUCCGGAGGCACCUCAACUCCGGCUUCGUCGCCGGCUUCCUCCUCGUCCUCGUCACCUACGUCAUCGUCUCGCAGCAGUUCGCCAUGGACACUCCCACUGCUGUCACCAGCACGGCGCCACGGAUCGACGAGAAAGAGUCGAUGAGCAAGGCUCCCGUUGAAACAGAUGACAAGGUGAGGCAGGAGUGGCAGCCAAAGGAGACACCAAAGGACACGUCCUCUGCCGUCGCAACAGAGGAGUUGCCCAAAAUCGACUCGACAAAUGCCAAACCGAUUGAGAACGGCAAGGUGGUGUGCAGCUCGAACGGCUUCUACUCUGACACCUGCGACGUCGACGGCGACGUCCGGAUCAACGGCACGGCUCUGUCAGUGACCCUGGUUCCGGCGAGCCGUUCGUCGGAGCGCCGCGAGUGGAAGAUCCAGCCGUACCCGCGCAGGACCGUGUCCGGCAUCCAGGAGGUGACCGUGACGCAGCUGGCCACGCCGGGGGCCGCGGCACCGGCGUGCACGGUGAGCCACGGCGUGCCCGCCGUCGUGUUCGCGCUCGGCGGCCUGACUGGCAACUACUGGCACGACUUCAGCGACGUGCUGGUGCCGCUGUUCGUGGCGUCGCGGCAGUACGGCGGCGAGGUCCAGUUCCUGGUCAGCAACAUCCAGCCGUGGUGGCUCGGCAAGUACGAGGCCAUCGUUCGGCGGCUGUCGAGGUACGAUGCCGUCGACCUCGACCGCGACGGCGAGGUCCGGUGCUUCCGCCACGUAACCGUCGGGCUCCGCAUGCACAAGGAGUUCAGCGUCAGGCCGGAGCUGGCGCCGGGCGGUCUGACCAUGGCGGACUUCACCGCGUUCCUCCGGGACGCCUACGCGCUGCCCCGAGCCGCGGCGGCGAUCGGCGUGACCCAGAGCCCGCCACAGAAGCGGCCGCGGCUGGUGGUGAUCCGGCGCGGGCACUACCGGAAGCUGGUGAAUAUGGACGAGGUGGUGCGCGCGGCGGAGGCGGCCGGGUUCGAGACGGCGGUGAUGGCGCCGCGGUUCGACGAGCGGGUGGAGGACGUGGCCCGCGAGGUGAACACGUUCGACGCGAUGGUGGGCGUGCACGGCGCCGGGCUGACGAACGCGGCGUUCCUGCCGGCGGGGGCGGUGGUGAUCCAGGUGGUGCCGUACGGGCGGCUGGAGCGGAUGGCCAAAGCAGACUUCGGCGAGCCGGUGGCGGACAUGGGGCUCCGGUACGUCGAGUACAGCGUCGCCGCCGAGGAGAGCACGCUGCUGGAGAUGCUGGGGCCGGAGCACGAGGUGUUGAAGGACCCGGCGGCGGUGCACCGGAGCGGGUGGGACAUGGUCGCCGAGUACUACCUCGGCAAGCAGGACGUCCGCAUCAACGUCACCCGCUUCGCGCCCAUUCUCGCGCAGGCGUUUCAUCACCUUCGCCAUUCGUAAGCUCCACUACGCUACCAUAGCUAGGAAUCCAUCGUCUCCGAUGCUGAUGAUUUGGUACAGAAAUGUUCAGCACAUCUUUUUUUUGAAUUUUUUUGCUAUGGUUUUUUUUUGUUCUUGCUCAGUUCAUGUAUCAUUUGGUGGAGCUGGAGCAUAUAUAUGCACAAGCACAUUUGUUGUAAUAUUGAUUUGGUAGAGUAUAUGUGCCCGCAUUCAUUUGUUUCGAUAAGCCGAUCGAUCGAAAUGAUUGUGAGCAAUGUUAGUAGAGCUGUUAAUGUUAACUUCUGGCCAUAUAGUCGCAUUAAUGCGGCUAACUUUAGUAGAGUUGUAAUGUUAAACUCGUGCUGCAUAUUAGUGCAAACCUCAUAAACAAACAAUACGAUGUAAGGGUUUAUGAUGCA